GUAAAGUCUGAGCAAUAACCUCAUGGAAAAAGAGUUAAAGGGGACAUUUAGAGUACCCAGAAGUAUACAAUUUGUAGGGAAAUAGAAAUGUGUUUAUUUUUGGUCUUCCUGAUGAUCAGUGAACAAAAAUUUGGUUUUAGGCGCUUAUUCUAGGUGCAUGGAGGACUUUGGGUCCUAAGAGAGACAAAGACCCUUGCAUUCUGGGACUCAUGUUGUUUUGAAGAAAGAAAGACCAGGAAUCAAAAAGAGUAACUGAAGAAAUAUGUCCUAUGCCAGAAAGUGGCAGACAAAGUGGAAGGAAAGACAAGUUGCAGGCACCACUUCCCCUCUGGCCUGGGACGGAAGACCCCAAUUUCCAGAGCGCUUAAGGGGACGUGCCCUUUCCUCCUAGAGGCCAAUGGGAAUGUCUUGUCCUCGUCCUGUGCGUCUAUGAACUACAUUACCCAGAAGAGCGCGCGUCGAUGGACUGCACCUCUGACCAAUGAAGGGUAUUGUGACCUUUGAGGACAUUGCCGUGUCCUUCUCCUGGGAGGAAUGGGAUCUUCUUGAUGAGGCUCAGAGACACCUGUACCAGGAUGUGAUGCUGGAGAACUUGGCGCUUAUAACCUCCCUGGGUUGUUGGCAUGGAGCAGAGGAUGAGGAGGCACGUUCUGAUCAGAGCAUUACUGUAGAAAGAGUGUCACAGGUCAGGACUCCCAAGACAGGUCUUUUUCCCCAGAAGGCCAACCCCUGUGAGGUGUGUGGUCUGGUCUUGAAAGACAAUUUUCAUGCUGCUGAACACCAGGAAACACAAUUCAGUGAGAAACUGUACACUGGUGGGACACACGGGAAAAGAUUUUAUUUCGGUGAAAACCUUCAGCAGCAGCUCAAGCAGCACAUGAGCGAAAAGCCCUUCGGAAACCACAUAAGAAGAGCUUCAGUGGUCAAGAACUGCAGCUUGCAGGUGUCAGGGAAGCCCUUUAUCUGCGGGGAGAUUGGGAAGGACUUCUUGGCCACCUCAGGAACCCUCCAGCAACAGGCCACACAUUCUGGAGAGAAGUCAAACAAUGGAACUGAAUGUGGGGCGGCCUUCCACAUGGGAAAAACUCAGCACCGCUGGGAAGACAGCACAGAAGCUUUCAGCCACAAGCAUACAUUCGUUCAACACCAGAGGGUUCGCCCUCGAGAAAGAUGUUACAUGUGCAGUGAAUGUGGGAAAUCUUUUAGCCAUAACUCUAGCCUUAUUAAACACCAGAGAGUUCACACAGGAGAAAGACCUUAUGAGUGUGGGGAAUGUGGAAAAUCCUUUAGCCAGAGCUCCAACCUCUUUCAGCAUCGGAGAGUUCAUACUGGAGAAAGGCCUUAUGAGUGCAGUGAAUGUGGGAAAUCUUUCAGCCAAAGCUACAGCCUUAAUAACCAUCGGAAGGUUCACACUGGAGAAAGGCCAUUUGAGUGUGGAGAAUGUGGCAAAUCCUUCAGUCAAAGAUCCAACCUCAUUCAACAUCAGAGAAUUCACACUGGAGAAAAGCCCUAUGAGUGCAGUGAAUGUGGGAAGUCCUUUAAUCAAAGCUCUGCUCUCCUGCAGCACCAUACCGUUCAUACUGGAGAACGGCCCUAUGAGUGCAGUGAAUGUGGGAAAUCCUUUACCUACAAUUCCAGUCUUUUAAAACACCAGAAAGUCCACACGGGAUCAAAGCCUUAUGAGUGCAGUGAAUGUAGGAAAUCUUUUAGCCAGAAUUGCAGUCUUGUUCUCCAUCUGAGAGUUCACACUGGAGAAAGGCCUUAUGAGUGCAGCAAAUGUGGAAAAUCUUUUAGCCAAAGCUCUGCACUCCUUAAGCACCAGAGAGUUCACACUGGAGAAAGGCCAUAUGAGUGCAGUGAGUGUGGGAAGUCCUUUAGGCGAAGCUCCAACUUCAGUGACCAUCGGAGAGUUCACACUGGAGAAAGGCCGUAUAAGUGUAACCAAUGUGGGAAAUCCUUCAGUAAGAGCUCUGGCCUCACUCGACACCAGAGAGUUCAUAGUGGAUUGGGCAUUAUAAAUAUGAGUGAGAAAGCCAUUAGCCGAAGCCCUUACCUCAUUGAUUACCACACAGUUCACAUGGGAAGUACAACUUAGAUAUGUACAACAUGUAUUUUCUUGUUCAGUAUAACAACAUCGAGGAGAUCUCUUUUGAGGGUACCAUCUGCCUGAAUUGAGCCUCAUACAUCCAGACAUCAAAAUAAAUUCCAAGUAUGUAGAACCGUGUUGCAUGUUUCAGCUCAGACCCAUGUGAGUUUUUAUUACGUUGAUUCUGUAGCAGCAGCCGUUCACCUCUCCCCUGCGGGUGCCCGCAUUUGUGUCAUUUAGCCACAGUGACGUGUUCAACAAAGUAAACCUUAGUGUUUUCCCAUUCCCUGGGUAAAUGUGAAAAGCCAGGGUACUCAUUCUUUUCUCUCUGAUUAGUUAGGGCAUGGAUGCCUCCGUUGUGUUCCAGAGGACUCCAUCUGCUGGUGGCCUGAAAAGUCAGCUUUUUUAGGGAUAUUAUUGGUCUGAUGACUCUUGUGAUGAAAUUUGCAGCCUCCAACUCACCAACCAAGGAACAGCCUUCCUCUGUAUUCUGGUUUAUGUUAUAACAAAGGCCUUGUUGUGUAAGUCAACUUUAUCUUAAGGAUUAGAUUCACUUCAUGGGGUGGUUUCAGAAUGACAGGAGAAACAGGUGCUAUGGUCGCCCCAAUCUUUGUGUGCAUCAAGGGGAUGGAAGGAUGGUAGUUUUCUCUCUAAUUUGGCCCUUGUUUGCAUUGUUGCCCAAGGCUUCUUGAAGAUUCUAUAAGGUUUUAUGGUUAGAUUGUAGCCUGGAUGCAGGAUGUUUCGUGGUGUCGGCACUUGCCCUGAAAAGAGGGCAGUUGUAACAACCUCUGAUACUUCUGGGGACAACAUAGAAUUGUUCUCUUGUUUGCAGGGGAUAUUGCAUUGUGCCCAGCACUGGUGCAGGGAAUGUUCCUAGGCCCUGCAAGGGAGUGAUGUACUCUGAGGCCCAGAAUUCUGUGUAGUAGUAUCACUGGCUGAAAAAUGAAAGGGGGAUCAUAACUGUACACAAAUGGUGGAUUAACAGAGAGGCCAAGAGAACACGACAAACUGGUUAGAAUGUGCCUCUUUUAAAGGCUGCCUGCUGUUGUUUGGUCAGUAUGGCUCUGAAGGAUGAGCCAGUACAGAAAUUCUCAGAUCCUUCUGAACUAUGAAUCUU